AUGGAGGACAUCCCAGCGUAUGCAAGAGGAUCGCUCCCACAGACCCUACAACAAAUCCGCGCACUGGCCGACCAUGCCCGAUGGGCCGAGGAACGUGGCUUUGCGGACAAGCAGAUCGCCGUCAAAGUCAUCUUUGAGUUGCAAAAGCUCGGCAAGGCAGAAGGUUACGCGCAUGUCGCAGGCACUGAUGCACGUGCUCUGGUCGACGCCCUGAGCGCUGCGGCGGAGGCACUAUCCCUAGAUAAUUGCUGCGCUGAUUUGCUGAGCUAUUAUCUCGACGUAGCUGCCAAGGUCAAACAGCACCUAUGGCAGAAGCACCUCGGCCAUUUUGAGGCGCUUGUCCGUUUCCAUAACGCCCUAGCCGUAGCCGCUGUGGACCAGAGCGGGCAGAUCGAUGCUCAGAGCCUCGCGUCACGGGUCCGUACCAUCACCAAUGAGGCUAACAAGCUGACUAGUGGAGAUUGGCUGGUUCCGAACGUGCAAAUCGCGGAACAGAUUGCCCUAGCCCUCGAGGAUGUCGGUGCCUCUUGUGCAUUAUCGGUUAAGGCACUGUUGGGCGAUGCGGAGAGGUUCGCUGUCGGGCGGAAACAACAGGCUGCAAACUCGGCCUCGGCAUCAGCCGCCAUGCCUUCUGGCAUCGAAUGGAUUGCCCGCCUACGUACAGAUGCACAGACUGGAGGGGUAACCCUACGCUUAGCGCGUGAGAAGCGCACGAAGCGUCGCAUGUCCUGGCCGACUGUGCUGUAUGGCCAUCUCGCUGAGCUGACGCUUGUGCAGAUGAAGCGCUGGGAGAUGGAGGGAUGGACUAAGAAGCAGAUCGAUGCAGCCGUCUACCUCACCCUACUGAUGCUUGUGGGUGAAGAAGCUUUUGCUGCGCCAAUGGAGCAGCUUACGCGUGACAAGCGCGAGGUUCACGAGUCUACACCGACCAAUGAGGAUGGUCUGAGUGCUACUGCGACCCAGCCGGCCACGGAGUCGACGCUGCAAGGUUAUCUGGACGCAUGCAUCGACGCUGUGGCUGGAGGCACCUUCUUCCGUGACUGGGUACCAAAUGUGAGCCAUCCGCGUGCAUGGGAAAGUGAGACCGUCGCCAAUGACCUACACGAGACAGUCAGCCGCGCAAGAGGGUCCGUCCGACCAAAGAUCAGGAUCGAAAAGAAGGUUUCUGACUCGGAUGAGGAUGAAGACGAAGACACCACAUCGGACGAUGGGGACGAUGAGGACCCGUUAGUAAAGGCCGACUAUGCCUGGCUGGCCACGGCUUUUCCACAAGAAGAGCAAGCGAGUCAGGGAGACCACAUCGACCAGAUUGCCGCCUUCAUCCAGGCUGUGGAACAGUUGGCCCGCCAGGCCGAAGCGGCAAUGGCUGAGGCCAGACUAAGGGACUGCAUGAGGGAGGCUGAGGGAGCUGCCGAUGCAGAUACCUGUGGAGGAGCAACCGACUCCACUCAGAAGCAAGUAAAAGCGCGUCGGGGUCCGACGACCUGCGGUAUGGUCACGCAGCACGUCAGUGACGAGCUCCGCCGGCUACGGAAGAAUGUAUUCAGCCAGAUGAUGAGGCCCUUUUUUCUCGCGGGCCGCCCCGAGGAACGAGUUGGCGCUCCAGCCGACGAGGCCGGCACCAAGGCACGCGCCUUCUGCCAUACCAGGCAUACCGAGCAGGCGCACCUAUUCAAGGCAGCGACGGAGGUGGAGACCAACCUUGCCACACGGGCACUCAAGUACCUCAAGGCAGCCAUCGCCGGCCGAGGCAUCUUCCCGCCAGCGAACGGCGAGCGAGCGGAGCCACUGUCUGUAGCCGAGGCCAUGCGGCUGCUACUGGACAAUUACCGGGCGCUAGGGCCUUCCGUGAAUGAGUCUUCUAGGUUUGGCUGCGAUGAUGGCGCCCAAGUGCUCGUGUGGCUAGAGGAGCAGCUGAGCACGAGCAAGCACGUCCGUGUGCUGCGAAACACUCGGCUAGUAGAGCACCUCGCUGCGCUCGAAGGCCGCGUGGUGCACUGGAUCCAGCAGGAGCGCCGACCGCUGGACGACGUCCGGGCGGCCGCCCAGGAGGUUAUUCUGCACACUGCCAAUGUCUACAGCCCGCUGCUCAUCACCAAGCUGUCCGGCGACAAUACUCCAGAAGACCUCCUUGAAUAUGCGUCCAGUGGCAUUGUGCAUGGGGCGCACCCGCACCACGCGGGUGCCCUCGCGAGUGCCGUCUGCUGGCUCCUAGAUGCAGAGGAAGGGGCGCCCAAAGACCCGCGCGCCAUCCUAGCUCGCCUCGUAGCGGCAAAGCAGCAAGGGGCAGGACAGCAGCCCGCGUUGUCACCAGAGGCACACGCCGCUGCCCAAUCCAGCAUCCACACGCUGCGAGGACACGUCGCGCAGCUGGAAAAGGACGAGUUCCUCGCAUUGUUCGACAACCUCAUACAAUUUGACGACGAGAUUACAGAAAAUGGCAAAAAGAGUUGCCCCCGAUUCUGGCCGGCGGCGAGCAGGCUCGAGAGGUGCAUCGAGGAGGGAACCUUUCACUAUCUCUGCCUUGCCGAGGGUGUCCUCCCAGCCGAUCACGGCGCUAAGUUCCAGCCACAGGCGCGGCUGGCUUCGCUCGUCGCAACACGCGGAGCCGAGAUCUUAGCGUGGAAUGAAAGCAAGCGCAACCGCAUUGACUUCAUUGUGCACAACAUGCACAUGGUCAUUGGGUGGCAGAACAGAAUCUCUGCGCAGGCCAUGGACUACAAAACGUACGAGUCACCGGUCGCCGGUGCAGUAUAA